GGCUGGGGUCCUAGUGCUCGGUAAUAGGUGCUGCGCACGGCUGCUCUGGUCUUUUCGCUGAGAGGCCGGGUGGGUCUGUUAUCAUGGGUAAAUGCCGUGGUCUUCGUACAGCCAGAAAGUUGCGUAAUCUUCGGCGAGAUCAGAAAUGGCAUGAUAAGCAAUACAAGAAGGCCCACUUGGGGACAGCCCUGAAGGCCAACCCAUUUGGUGGUGCCUCCCAUGCCAAAGGAAUAGUCUUGGAAAAAGUUGGUGUUGAGGCUAAGCAGCCCAAUUCUGCUAUCAGAAAGUGUGUUCGAGUCCAGCUUAUUAAGAAUGGCAAGAAAAUCACAGCUUUUGUUCCAAAUGAUGGUUGCUUGAAUUUCAUUGAGGAAAAUGAUGAAGUUCUAGUCGCUGGUUUUGGUCGUAAGGGCCAUGCUGUUGGUGAUAUUCCUGGUGUCCGUUUCAAGGUGGUGAAAGUAGCCAAUGUAUCUCUGUUGGCCCUGUACAAAGGCAAGAAGGAGAGACCAAGAUCUUAAACUUUUCAGUAUAUUAACAAAGAUGGAAAAUAAAACAUUUUAAACAGAA